AAUACCUAGGUCCACAGAUUACUAGUAUAAUAUAUUUGUAGACCUAGGUCACAGAGAAAUAGGUAGUGCAAAACUGCAAACAGCAAAAGAAACGUUUUACUUUUAACGAGUGCCGUGUGUAGCAAUAUAAUGUCAACAAGAAGUAUCAAGUAUGUCAAUUCAAAAGAAAAAAAUAUUUAGUUUUCAGGAGAAAAAAUGUUUUUUAGAGAUUUUAAAAUUAUACACCAAUAUUAUCGAAAAUAAAGAGACGGAUACGAGGACUUUACAGCGAAAAAAUGAAGCAUGGGAGGCAAUAACGUUAGCAUAUAAUGCCAGUCCACACACAUCUUUCCUAGUCACAAGCAGACAAUUAAGACGGCUGUGGAUGAAUUUAAAGCAGCGGCAAAGAGAGGCACACAACAAAAAAAGACAAAACCUUAUGGCUGUAGGGGGUGGUCCAUCUACUAGUAGCACAAUAUAUACUAGUAAUCUGUGUAGUAGCAUCAUCGCUGAUGUAGAGAGUGCCAUUGACUCGGACACUUUAGCAAAAAAAUCAUUCAGUUCCGAAACUUCUAGGCCGUCCUCCCCUCAAUCAGAAUACCCUAUCCGAGCAAACCACACUGUUGAGCCUCAAGUGGUCAAUGACAAAAAACAGGAGGAACAUGAAAAUAAUGAAACAUUUACUUAUUUAAAAGGUAUAAAAGAACUUCUAGAAAAGACUUUGGAUAAAGAAGAAAGCAGGAGAGACAAUCUAAGACCAAAAAGAAGAUUAAUGCAAGAGGCAUCAGUGAACAAACAAAAAGCCCCACAGAGUAGUAAUGCUUUUCAUGAAGAAAUAGACGGGGACAAACACUUCGCGUUAUCUCUAGUACCGACUUUGAAACAGAUGAACGACGACCAGAAGCUUGCUGCCAAGAUGAGAAUAUUGCAGACACUCCAAGAAGUCAGAAAAAUGAAUAUACACCAGAAUAUAAUGUAUGUGGAAGAUAACAUGGAGGACGCUUUGAAAGUUGAGUACUUGGACGAAGAUAAUAGUGAUAGUAGUUUCUCGUAGGCCGUGCAUGGUUUAAAUAUUGACCACAUAAAUUGAAGAGUCUUGAUAAAAUGAUGUAACAGUGAUGAAACAUCUGACUGCUGGCCAGCUCUGGAUUUAUGCAUAAGCAGUAUAGGUCAUGGCCUAUGGACGGCAGCGUCCUAGGAUGGCGGCAGAGUUCGUCCUAGGGGUGGCAAAAUGGCCUAUAGUCUAUACUAUAUACCUACUCAUAAAAAUAUAAAUCUGGCCCUGCUGCUGACCCAAGAAGUGGGAACCAUGUGGUAGAUGAAGGCGCAGUGUAAUGGUUUAUAUCAGCCACUGCGCAGUCCUUGUGCUGCCGGCAUUAUUGCCGUGAAUAUUUCUGCAGCAGUAACGACGCGAGUGUGCGUUUACACUCACCCCUCUACAUACUUGCCGCGUCAGGCAGCGGCAGCGGCACAUAAAGUUAACAUACCUAGCGGAAUG